AACAAAACAAAGUCCAGUCAAUUUCAAGAUGGUAGAAGUGGUAGAGGGAAGAUUGAGAGCAAAAUAAUUUAGAAAGUGGUUAACAAAUGAAUCUAAUUCCAACAGCACCUUCCCGUUAAAAUUAUGUAAUAAACUAAAUAUCGAUUUCUGAGAUUCAACCAAUAUUUACACCAGUGAAAUAAAAGGCAAUCCUACAAUGAGUAAAUUAUUCGAUUAUUUUGUUAUUUGUGGCUUUGACUACAAUUCUGGGUUAGAGCCAGAUAAAUACGCAGAAGACAACCUUCAUGCCUCUCCUUUGGAAAGAGCCUACAAAGGCAAGGUAUUGGCCUACUAUCCACAGAACGAACCAUCCAACCCAUUUGAUGAAUCCGCCGUGUGCAUGUUUUCCUUGCCAGCUGGACUCAAGUUUCGCACACAGAAACAUCAAGUGACUCAAACGCCUUGUUUCCAUUCAUAUGUAAUAACCAGAGAGGAUGGUAAACGCUGCUAUGGAUUCAGUCUUGUAUUUUAUGAAGAAGUUAAGAACAGAGAUAUUUGUACUGCCAUGCAAACGUUACAGGCUAUGUACAUAACCGAAUUAUCAAGUGGAUUGAAAAGUCGCCCCUUGCCAAAUUGCCAAACUCAGGGGCCUCAAUCUAGAUCCUUGCCUCGAUAUUUUAAAUUGAGUCAAAAUCCAAACGGAGCAGCCUUGAUGUACUAUGACAUUUCCAAAGACAAGCUGUUUGUUUCUAAGAGUAUAGGUCUGAUCAGUCGCCAAACUUAUGUGCAUGCAGCGAAAACAUUUUUGGAAAAUUUAUACAGAUGCGUUCCCAAACGUUCUUCUACUCCCUACGGACUCAGUCUCGAAAGUUAUGUGUUCAAUAUUCUCUACGAGGUACAAAUACCAGCCCCCGGUAAAAGCCUUCUGGUUCACUUGCCUCCCUCAGAUCCGAUGCUACCUCCUUCAAGUGCCAUAAUACAAAUGACGUCGCCUCCCUCGGAGUUGCCCCAUCUGGACUAUUCGUUGCGGCUCAUGUUCUUGUGGUUGGGCGUCGAUAAAGUCGUGCAACUGUUCACUUGUCUUUUGCUUGAAUAUCAGGUCCUGCUUCGCAGCACAGAUUCUCAAAGAUUGACGAUCGUUGCCGAAGGGAUAACUUCGUUGUUGUUUCCAUUCAGUUGGCCCCACGUGUAUGUGCCAAUCUUGCCUGCUUCGCUGCAUCACUUUUUGGAUGCCCCCGUACCUUUUUUGAUGGGUUUAUAUGCCUCAUCGGAUAAUAUCAAAGUAGCUUCCGAGGCCAAUCUCUGUUUCGUAGACCUGGACAGGUGUAAAAUUCAGUUACCGGAGGAGAUGGCAGCUUUCCCCCAUCUGGAGCCAUUUACCGCUGAAAUUUGGUCAACUCUGGAUAAGUACAGCGUCCACGUGCCAAAUUCCGAACAAGUCAGAGGUCCCCAGGAAAUAGUUUCGAGGAGCUGCACUUUGCCGGGGCGACCGCAGAAUCGGCGAAAACUAUCGAUCCACGACACCCUGGAUAACGAAAGGCCCCCUUCGCCCCCUGGGUCUGCUAGAACCGAGGCACUCCAGAGGAUCGUGGAUAUCGUUCGAAGGACAGGGGUCGCUAUAGAUUCGAAUGAAAUAAACCAACCUACGGACUCCUACGUGGAGGAUAUGAGAUUCAAUAACUCCAUUCGGGAGAUAUUUUUAAACAGAUUUGUACAUAUUUUCCACUCGUACGAGAACUUCGUGAUAUUCCCCAAUCAGGACAAAGAAGACUGGUUCAACAAUAGAGACUCGAUGCAGAAUUUCGACAAGGCUUCUUUUUUAUCCGAUCAGCCGGAACAAGACAGGCUGUUUCUGUGGCGUUUCUUGGAGUCGCAGAUGUUCGCCACUCUCAUCGACAACAAGAUACUGUCCACGUGGGGGGAAGUGGACAGCAACCUGCUGAUAUUCGACAACAGAAUAAAGCUGCUCAGAAAAAGAUACGGUGGAGAGAAUCUGAUGCGUUCGCUCUGCUACGAACCGUGCACCAGCGCCUACGACACACAGAAACUCAUCGACAGACGACUGUCGUAUCCCGACUUUGAAUCUCCCUCUCCAAGAGAAAUCAUGAAUAACAGGGCCGCGGUGUCGCGACAGUUCCCCUUGCUGAACAAGGAAGUGUUGAAUAAAACUCCGGUAGUGAACAAAGGGAGUAUUCCAAGGGCCAGCGCUCUCAAGAAGGGACUGUCCUUCUCGAAACCUCCCAUAGGACCGACGAGCGAUAGGAACGUCAAAAGUACCAACAACCAAGACACUUCACCUGCGCUCAUCGCGCAGGCCAAUUGGAAGUUCGUUGAGAAACUUCUCAAAGACUGCAAAGCUAAAACCAAAAGAAUGCUCCUUGCAAAAUUGGGAGCCGAGGGAGUAACUCUUUCGAGCAGUGGUAACAUAAACGACACCUCCGGUGCCGUAGAAGAAAGCACCCUAGUGACUUCCCUUUGCGAUUACCUCGAGAGAGUUUGGUCUCAUGGCCUGCAGAAGAAGAGGGGCAAAUCCGCAUUGUGGUCGCAUUUGCUCGCCUAUCAAGAAAAGUACCAGCAUCUGAACAAGAAGGACGAUUAUAUAUCGACGGAUGCCAUAGCUAGACUGAUGCCUCACACCGACAACUGGAAUGUCGAUUCGAGGUUGAGGACGGAGCUCAACGAACUGCCCACAUCUUUGCUGUUUGAUAUAGCGAAUGUCCAAGCCAUGUCGGACGUUAAGACAGCGAUAGGGAUGGCGAGAGCGUGGGUGAGACUCGCCUUGGAAAAGAAGCAGUUAUCUAAACACUUCCGCACCCUUCUCUCCGACCAGACCACUCUACGCGCCCAGUACAAACGUUUCGCUUUCCUGCGAUCCGAAGAGGAACGAGACCAGUUCCUGUACCACCUGCUCUCUCUGAACGCUGUUGACUAUUUCUGCUUCACCAGCACGUAUAUCAGCACUGACUUUGUGAUAUUCAUGCAUAUAGAACGAGAACCUCAACAUCAAAACUUGGGCGUUUUGACAACCUUAAGGAUCGGCCAUGAUGGAGCCGGAAUCUACGCCAAGUGGAUGAUUGAUCAUGUUAUCGUUCGCAAUGAAAUAACGGGUCACACAUAUAAGUUUCCUUGUGGCAGGUGGUUGGGCAAAGGUGUUGAUGACGGAUCGACUGAGAGACUUCUCGUUGGGACAAUACUCUCGAAAGCCGACAUCCUCGAAGAAGUCACCGUGGGGCAGGGAGGGGGUAGUUUGGGUCGAUCGACGCCAAGAUCGAGGUCUCCAGCACCACUUCCAAGACCUGAACUGAAGCCGUCUCAGAUCCAGCACAUGCUAGGAGACUGUGUCAAUAAAAUAGUGAAAUGGCACUAUCGAAGAUCAUCCGAGAGACACACAACCCUAACCGCGCUCUUGUGCAGCGACAAUGGUCUAGUUUCUUGUCUAGAAAACGUCUUUCUGCUAGGUUUCAAGUCCAUGAGACGUUUCAUGGGAAAGCAUUACUUGUGGGAUUAUUUUGUGAGAGUCAAGGAACAGUUCGAGUUGGAAUUGUUGGAAGAAGUUUCCGGCAAUAGAACGGCCAGUUUGGAGAGGAAUCAUCAAGAGACUGUAGCGGUUUGGAGGUGCUACUGCCAUCUCAUAGACGAGAUGACACACACCAGCAAAACGCUGGGAAAAGAUGGAAAGUUUCAGCAGUUUAUAUGUCUAAGUGUUAGGGAACAUUUGCUCCAUAGAAUGUUAUUGCCGAUGUCAUUGUGUAAAGUUACUCUAGAAAUGUACGAAGAAAACUCUUUCCUGAGAAACAGAGGACUGUUGACUUUCCUUCGGCAGAUACUCCUUCCGUUAGAUGAGCUCGAUGUUGUACUAGAAAAGUCCGUGUCGUACGGGAUCUCGUCCCCGUCGCCCCGCGUUUAGAUUUUUUUACUCAGAACCUUUCUAGUCUUUCCUUUAUCCUGAUUAGUUACCAAUGAUUCAAUGAUAUUAUUAUCCAGAGUGAUAUUUUCCUUUCAAUUUUUUCUCAGGCUCGGUGGGAAGUUUAUAUUUAGUUGUUUCGAAGGAAAAUUUUGAUUUCGGCUCUGAUCACAGUGUAUUUAUUCCUUGAGCGAAUCCAGUGUUUAUCGUCGAAACAGAUCCUGGGAAUGAGUAAAUUGUAGUGUGUACCUGAGAUACGCCAACCGAGCAAAGAUUUUACUGAUUUACCAUGUGAAUUUUUUUAUACUUUUUGCAUAGACAAAAUAUUGAAUGUAAUAUCUAUUUUGAUGUUUUCUGUUAUAUCGUUUUUUAUAUGUAUAUAUAUAUAAGAAGUAUCUCGCCAAUUAAAAGACAUCUCGAACAAUAAAGUAUAUUCUUGCCA